AUGCUUCCCCUGCCGUCUCCGCUUAGUGAUAUACAACAUGCUCGUUGUCAUAUCGUCCGGCAGGGGCGUGUGGCUCAGCAACAAGCUUUGUUGCGACUACACCGCAAGCCAGCCCAGGGCGACGCCUCCUCGCCGUCUUCACCAGAGCAAGGCAUCAUGAACUACUUUUCCAUUUGCAUGAUACUGGGAACCGUGUGUUUGAGUCUCAUCUCUGCAGCUGAUAUCCCUGUGUCUGGUCAUGUGGGUUCUACAGCUGUCCUGCCAUGUGAACUGCAGAGUGUAGACACUGAAACACAGUAUAUUAGGUGGCUCAUCGGUACUGAGACUGUGUUUGAGCGACAGGGGAAGGAUACAUAUGAGGGUGAGGGAUAUAAGAACCGUGUGGACGUUCCUGAGGAAGAGCUGAGUAAAGGGAACUGUUCCUUGGUGUUUAAACACCUAAAACUUACUGAUACAGCUGACUACAUGAGCUACAAGGUAGUGAAAGGCAACAGGGGAUCUAACAGAUUUAAGAGAUCUGAAACACCAGAACUAAACCUGAUCAGCAAAGUUCAUCUCUCAGUCAUUGAAAAACUUGAAGAGAAAUCAUAUGAACAACAACUGUCUGGAGGUGCUUCAGGAAUGAAGUGUCUGCACCCACAGUUCAUGGUCCUGUUUCUUCUAUCAGUUAGUCUUUCAUUUCUUCAUGAAGAGACCUGAUUUUUAGAGACCUGUAUUUACUUUUCUACUAAGUUGUGUAUGUUUUUUGUUGUUCUGUUUACCUACUUGAACAACCACCUACCUGUCUUGCAGUCUGUUACCCUUUUGUAGACUGGGACCUUGACGUGGAGAUGGGGCUUGUGUACUUCAGUGAACCUCAGGGCUAUGUCAUCAGGAACCGAAUGUUCCUGUUAGGGGAAUUAACAGUCCUGACGGGAGGAGUCAGACAAAAUUCAGUCAAAAUUACGUCUUUAAAAAAGUAUUAAUUAGUCAAAAAGUUUUUCUGCGUGAGAAAUAUGAUGUGUGGCAGGAGAGCGACCAAAAGACCGACAUGAGGGACUGUCACUCUCAAUGUGUGACACUUGACAGCCCUGCUGACGAGUGAAAUGGAGACUCAUUUCUGUUCACACUUUCCACUAAACCUGUGUGUCUCAUAUUAAAAGUGGCAAAUAUGGCAAUGUGAAACGCCAAUUUGAGACAAAACAAAGGUUUUGAACAAACAUAUCCACUCAAAUCUGAAGACAGCGUCCCUGAGACAGCUUUCCCAGGUCUGAGGAAAGUAGCCCUAAACAUCCUGACCAUGUUUGGCUCUACAUACAACUGCGAGGCAGCUUUCUCUACAAUGAACAUAAUCAAAUCUAAAUAUGGUUCCAGACUCACUAAUGAGCACCACCACGUCUGUAUGAGAACGGCCCUGACUCCAUUCAAGCCCAGGUUUAACAUCCUGCCAGACAAGCUAGAGCUCAGUUCUCUCACUGAGAUAUAAAAGGGAAAGUUAAGCACUUUAUUUAAACAUACACAAUUUUCACAUUUUAUUUAUUUUCUCUUAUAUUGAAAUACUUUUAUUUAUUUAAUGAGAGAACGUAAGUAUCUACAAUUAAACGUUACGUGACAAUAAAUAUUGUCAAGGUUUUUGAAUUGUACUGAAUUUAUUUGAUUUGACAGUCAGGUAUUGAUUGCUUGCAGAUGUUGAUACAACUACUAGGCUACUUAAAUAUAUAUCACACUAACUAAUGAGACAUUAUGAACUUCUGGUCCUUUGCUUCAAGAAAUUUUCUCUUACUGGACCUCUUUCAAUUUUAGUUGAAUGCCUCUAAGGUCUAGGACAGAGGCAUUCAACUAAAAUUUAAAGAGGUCCAGUAAGAGAAAAUUUGUCCAUCACUCUCCCUAUACUAACUAAAACCAACUUCCUGCAUCCCCCCUUCAAACUCUUAAUAACCCUUCUGUAUGCAACUUAACCUUAACCUGUACAAAAAAAAAGAGAAUAAAAAGAACACUGCUCUUAAUGA